UUUGGAACGGGGGGGGAAGGAGGGAGUGACUAUUAUGGGAUGCAGGGCCAGUCUGAACAGGGAGUUUUGUGGACAGGGGGAAGUAUUAUGGGAUGCCUCAGCCGAGGGGGGGUUGCUGAGGAGACGGAGGUGGGACCCGUCGCUAAGCACAUCACUGGCAUUGGUAGUAAGGAGCUGCCAAGGUAGCAGGAGCUGCUUGAGCCCCAAGAAUCGUCCUCUGAAUUAGAGGACAUGGCAUCAGGCAUAGGAUCCCCAUCACCCUGCUCUGCUGGCAGUGACGACGAGGAGAUGGAGAUCAUGCUGAACAACAGCAUCCACCAACACCAAGAGCCUGAAGAAGAGCCAGAGGAAGAGCUGUUAUCUGAGGCGGAGAUGCCGAAAAUCAAGAAGAAGAAGAAGCCCAAGAAGCUGAAGGAACCUAAAGUGCCCAAGCUCAGUAAACGUCAGAAAAAAGAGCUGGGGGACAGCUCUGGUGAAGGGAAUGAGUUUGUGGAGGAGGAGGAGGAGGUGCUACUACGCUCAGACAGUGAGGGAAGUGACUACACCCCUGGCAAGAAGAAGAAAAAGAAACUGGCACCCAAGAAGGAGAAGAAGAGCAAAGCCAAGCGCAAGGAGGAAGAAGAGGAAGAGGAUGAAGAUGAUGACUCCAAGGAACCCAAGUCUUCUGCCCAGCUUUUAGAAGACUGGGGCAUGGAGGAUAUUGAUCAUGUUUUUACAGAGGAAGAUUAUCGCACUCUUACCAAUUACAAGGCCUUCAGCCAGUUUGUCAGACCGCUUAUUGCUGCCAAGAAUCCCAAAAUUGCUGUCUCAAAAAUGAUGAUGGUGCUGGGGGCCAAAUGGAGAGAGUUUAGCACAAACAACCCCUUCAAAGGGAGCUCUGGGGCAUCUGUGGCAGCUGCUGCAGCAGCAGCUGUGGCUGUGGUGGAGAGCAUGGUGACUACGGUAGAUACAGUCCUUCCUCAGCCCCCAGUGGAAGUCCCACUUCGAAAGGCCAAGACCAAAGAAGGCAAAGGCCCCAAUGCCCGGAAAAAACCCAAGGCCAGUCCUCGUGUCCCUGAAAUCAAAAAACCCAAAACCAAGAAGGUGGCGCCCUUGAAAAUCAAGCUGGGAGGAUUUGGCUCCAAGCGUAAAAGAUCAUCUAGCGAGGAAGAUGACCUGGAUGUCGAGUCAGACUUUGAUGAUGCAAGCAUCAACAGCUACUCUGUGUCGGAUGGUUCUACCAGCCGCAGCAGCCGCAGUCGCAAGAAACUAAGAGCAGGAAAGAGGAAAAAGAAAGGAGAAGAGGAUUCUGCCGCGACUGUUGAUGGCUACGAAACAGACCACCAGGACUACUGCGAGGUGUGCCAACAGGGGGGAGAGAUCAUCCUGUGUGACACUUGCCCUCGUGCCUAUCACAUGGUUUGUCUGGAUCCAGAUAUGGAGAAAGCACCAGAGGGCAAGUGGAGCUGCCCACACUGUGAGAAGGAAGGUAUCCAAUGGGAGGCCAAAGAAGAUAACUCUGAGGGUGAGGAGAUCCUGGAGGAUGCUGUGGGAGAUGCAGAAGAAGAGGAUGACCACCACAUGGAGUUCUGUCGUGUGUGCAAAGAUGGAGGAGAACUGCUCUGCUGUGACACCUGUCCUUCAUCCUACCACAUCCACUGUCUGAAUCCACCUCUGCCAGAGAUUCCCAAUGGAGAGUGGCUUUGCCCACGCUGUACCUGCCCACCUCUGAAGGGGAAGGUGCAGAAGAUCUUGACUUGGAAGUGGGGGCAGCCUCCAUUGCCCACACCAGUGCCACGUCCAGCUGAUGCAGACCCAAAUGCACCUUCUCCUAAACCUCUAGAGGGAAGACCUGAGAGACAGUUCUUUGUCAAGUGGCAAGGCAUGUCUUACUGGCAUUGCUCUUGGGUAUCUGAGCUGCAGCUGGAGCUCCAUUGCCAGGUAAUGUUUCGCAAUUACCAACGUAAAAAUGACAUGGAUGAGCCUCCUUCAGGAGACUUUAUGGGGGAAGAAGAGAAAAGCCGCAAACGCAAGAACAAGGAUCCCAAGUUUGCAGAGAUGGAAGAGCGUUUUUACCGCUAUGGGAUUAAGCCAGAGUGGAUGAUGAUCCAUCGGAUUCUCAACCACAGUGUCGAUAAGAAGGGGAAUGUUCACUACCUCAUUAAAUGGAGGGAUCUACCAUAUGACCAGGCUUCAUGGGAGAAUGAGGAAGCAGAAGUACAGGAUUAUGACAUCUACAAGCAGGCAUACUGGAAUCACAGGGAAUUAAUGAGGGGUGAAGAAGGAAGACCUGGCAAGAAGAUAAAGAAGGUGAAAUUGCGGAAAUUAGAAAGACCCCCAGAGACGCCAACAGUGGAUCCAACAGUGAAAUAUGAUAGACAGCCUGAUUACUUGGAUGUUACUGGAGGAACGCUGCAUCCUUAUCAGUUGGAGGGCCUGAACUGGCUACGUUUCUCCUGGGCUCAAGGCACAGACACUAUCCUGGCUGACGAAAUGGGUCUGGGGAAGACAGUACAGACCGCUGUGUUUCUGUACUCUUUGUACAAAGAGGGACAUUCUAAAGGACCUUUCUUGGUGAGUGCUCCAUUGUCCACCAUCAUCAACUGGGAAAGAGAAUUUGAGAUGUGGGCCCCAGACAUGUAUGUGGUGACUUAUGUUGGGGACAAAGAUAGCCGGGCCAUCAUCCGUGAGAAUGAAUUUUCCUUUGAAGACAAUGCUAUACGUGGAGGAAAGAAGGCUUCCAGGAUGAAGAAAGAGGCAUCUGUGAAAUUCCAUGUGUUGCUCACAUCCUAUGAAUUGAUCACUAUUGAUAUGGCCAUUCUGGGAUCUAUUGACUGGGCUUGCCUUGUAGUGGAUGAAGCGCACAGACUCAAGAAUAAUCAGUCUAAGUUUUUCCGGGUGCUGAAUGGCUACUCUCUUCAGCACAAGCUGCUACUCACAGGGACCCCUUUGCAGAACAAUCUGGAAGAAUUGUUCCACUUGCUUAACUUCUUGACACCAGAGAGAUUUCACAAUCUGGAGGGCUUCCUGGAAGAGUUUGCAGACAUUGCGAAGGAGGAUCAAAUCAAGAAGCUUCAUGAUAUGCUAGGUCCACACAUGCUGAGGCGCCUCAAGGCUGAUGUCUUCAAGAACAUGCCUUCCAAGACUGAGCUUAUUGUCAGAGUGGAACUAAGCCCUAUGCAGAAGAAGUACUACAAAUAUAUCCUGACAAGAAACUUUGAAGCACUGAAUGCCCGGGGUGGUGGCAACCAAGUUUCUCUUCUCAAUGUGGUUAUGGAUCUGAAGAAAUGCUGCAACCACCCCUAUCUCUUCCCUGUGGCUGCCAUGGAAGCACCAAAGAUGCCGAAUGGGAUGUAUGAUGGUAGUGCCCUAAUUCGAGCCUCUGGGAAGCUUCUGCUCCUGCAGAAGAUGUUGAAAAACCUCAAAGAAGGAGGCCACAGGGUGCUGAUUUUCUCUCAGAUGACUAAGAUGUUGGACCUAUUGGAGGACUUUCUGGAACAUGAAGGGUACAAGUAUGAAAGAAUUGAUGGUGGCAUCACAGGAAAUAUGCGCCAGGAAGCCAUUGAUCGCUUCAAUGCUCCUGGUGCCCCGCAGUUCUGUUUUCUACUUUCCACUAGAGCUGGGGGCCUUGGCAUCAACCUUGCCACUGCAGACACUGUGAUAAUCUAUGACUCUGACUGGAAUCCUCAUAAUGACAUUCAGGCCUUCAGUCGUGCUCACCGAAUUGGGCAAAACAAGAAGGUGAUGAUUUAUCGCUUUGUGACACGAGCCUCAGUAGAAGAACGGAUUACACAAGUGGCCAAGAAGAAAAUGAUGCUGACCCAUCUGGUUGUGAGGCCAGGGUUGGGCUCCAAGACUGGCUCUAUGUCCAAACAGGAACUGGAUGACAUUCUUAAGUUUGGCACUGAAGAGCUCUUUAAAGAUGAAGCUACUGAAAGUGGCAAGAAUCUACGUAAUGCAAUACAAAGUGAUAACAAGGAAGGUGAAGACAGCAGUGUCAUCCAUUAUGACGAUAAGGCAAUUGAACGUCUUCUGGACCGGAACCAGGAUGAGACUGAGGAUGCUGAGCUGCAGGGCAUGAAUGAAUAUCUGAGCUCCUUCAAGGUGGCCCAGUAUGUGGUGCGUGAAGAAGAAAUGGGGGAGGAGGAGGAGGUUGAACGGGAAAUUAUAAAACAAGAAGAAUCAGUGGAUCCAGACUACUGGGAGAAGCUGCUUCGCCACCAUUAUGAGCAACAGCAAGAAGACUUGGCCCGGAACUUGGGGAAGGGCAAGCGCAUCCGUAAGCAGGUUAACUACAAUGAUGGCUCCCAGGAAGACCGAGGUGUGUUUGUGUGUGAUAGGAGGAGGCUGAUGUGGUUUAAAGGGGGCAUGUGGCUCUUUCCCAGGCAACUUACUUGGGUAUUCCUUGUCUUUCCAGACUGGCAGGAUGACCAGUCAGAUAAUCAGUCAGAUUAUUCUGUGGCCUCUGAGGAAGGCGAUGAAGACUUCGAUGAGAGGUCGGAAGCUGCUCGCCGGCCUAGCCGUAAAGGCUUAAGGAACGACAAAGACAAGCCUCUACCCCCACUUCUUGCCCGCGUGGGAGGCAACAUUGAGGUUCUGGGAUUCAAUGCUCGUCAGCGGAAGGCGUUCCUCAAUGCUAUCAUGCGCUAUGGGAUGCCCCCUCAGGAUGCCUUUACUACCCAGUGGCUGGUGCGAGAUCUCCGUGGAAAGUCAGAAAAGGAGUUCAAGGCCUACGUCUCUCUAUUCAUGCGUCACUUGUGUGAGCCUGGAGCAGAUGGUGCAGAAACCUUUGCUGAUGGGGUGCCACGUGAGGGUCUGUCUCGACAACAUGUCCUCACACGAAUUGGGGUCAUGUCUCUCAUACGCAAGAAGGUGCAAGAGUUUGAGCAUGUGAAUGGGCGCUGGAGUAUGCCUGAACUGGCAGAGAUAGAAGAGAACAAGAAGCUCUUGCAGCCCAACUCCCCUUCCCCGAAAACCCCAACUCCCUCUACACCAGGAGACACGCAGCCAAAUACUCCAGCCCCUCUUCCUGUACUUGAAGAGGGCGUGAAAGUGGAAGAGGGAGUCAGUACCAAGGAGCAAGGGGAGCCUACAGAACCUGAGAAGGAGACCAGUCCUAGUGCUGAUUCUGCUACUGAAAAUGAGGUCCCCAUGGAGCAGGCCCCCCCUCCAACAGAGACCCACUCUCAGGAUGCUAAAUCUCCUGUGAAUGCUGUGGAAACUGAAGAGAAGAAACCAGAUUUACCAGAGGUGAAAGAGGAGCCAAUGGAAACCGAAAACAAAGCUGAUGUAGAGAAGGUGGAAGAGAAGAUGCCUGCAGAGCCACCCUCUGAGCCUCCCACAAUUAAUCUAGAUGAGAAGGAAGAGAAGAAGGAGGAUGAGAAGAAGGAUGUCGUGAUGCUGCAUAAUGGGGAAACAACUAAAGAACCUGCUGACGACAGACAUAAGAAGGCUAUUAAGCAGCGGUUCAUGUUCAACAUUGCGGAUGGAGGCUUCACUGAGUUGCACUCUUUGUGGCAAAAUGAAGAGCGAGCAGCGACUGUUACCAAGAAGACUUAUGAGAUCUGGCACAGACGCCAUGACUACUGGCUCCUGGCAGGAAUAAUAAAUCAUGGUUAUGCUCGCUGGCAAGACAUCCAGAAUGAUCCUCGUUACGCCAUCCUCAAUGAACCUUUCAAAGGUGAAAUGAACAGGGGAAACUUCCUGGAGAUAAAGAACAAAUUCUUGGCUAGGAGAUUUAAGCUGCUAGAACAGGCACUGGUUAUUGAAGAACAGCUACGGAGAGCUGCUUAUCUGAACAUGUCAGAAGAUCCAUCCCAUCCCUCUAUGGCCCUGAACACCCGUUUUGCUGAAGUGGAGUGCCUGGCUGAGAGCCAUCAGCAUCUGUCCAAGGAAUCAAUGGCUGGGAACAAACCAGCCAAUGCAGUGCUUCACAAAGUGCUGAAGCAGCUGGAGGAGUUGCUGAGCGACAUGAAGGCCGAUGUGACACGGCUGCCUGCUACAAUUGCCCGUAUCCCUCCAGUGGCUGUGCGACUCCAGAUGUCGGAGCGCAACAUCCUCAGCCGCUUGGCAAAUCGUAGCAGUGAACCUCCACCACCACCACCUCCCCAGCAGGUCGCUCAGCAGCAGUGAGAUGCUUGCCCAGUGCUGCCAACCCAGUGAUUCAGCUGAAGUGACAUACGUACACCCUUGUUUUGAAUUUUGCCCCCCCUCUUCCUGGCACUCCUGAUCAGAUGAUGUCCUCUUUGGAUGGGGGAUAUGGUUGGAGAGAAGAGGAUGUGCAGUCCUCCCUAAGCUACCAGUUGCACUUGGAUUGCACUUGGGUGAGAGGGGACAUUGGAUGGACUCUGUACAUAAUGACUGGAGGCUGCAGUACCACAUCUGUUACACAGAGACCUGGCUGCAACGCUCACCACCUUGGCCCACAUUUCCUUGAUUUUAAUUUUAUUUUGAGUUUGUUUACCAAGAUGAGUGCAAGCAAAAGUCAGGACAGACACAGCUACCUCCAUCAAGAUCCUUUUAAUACAAAAACUGACUGGACUUGUCCUCUGAAACAACUGAAAAAAGACAAAAAAAUCUUGAUAAAGUUGAAAAUAAAGGUUUCCUUGUAUUUUA